AUGCCUUACCUCGCAGUUGAGCAUUACCCGAUACCUACAACCGACCUCUUGACUUGGAUGUUUGAUGCGAAGGUGCCAUAUGAGGCAGAUAAAGCACUAUACAUUGAUGCCCGUGACCCUUCGAGAUCCAUAUCAUGUCGACUGGCUCGACAAAUUGUCCGCAGGCUAGCAGCAGGCUUCCGUAAAGCUGGCGUAAGGAAGGGAGACUGUGUCUGCUUAGUCGCGUUCAACGAUGUUUAUUAUCCCAUGGCUUUUCUGGGAAUUAUUGCUGCAGGCGCCAUCUUUGCAGGCUUGAAUCCAUCCUAUACCGUGCCUGAAAUGGUCCAUGCGGUUAAGACUGCAGACAUCACACACUUCCUGGCUGAGCCUGAGUUUCUGCCUAAAGUGACCCGGGCAGCAGCGCAAUGCUCGAUUCCGUCGUCUCAUAUCUUCGCCUUCGAUACUCUAGGCCAAUCGAUACCUCCUAAGCUGGAUAUCAAAAGUUGGAAAGUGCUGCAAGUGCCGGGGGAAGAAGCUGACUGGGAACGAUUCGAUGAUCGAACAUUGAGCGAAAAGACAAUUGCUGCUCGACUGUUUAGCAGUGGAACCACGGGCUUGCCAAAAGCAUUGAACGUAUCCAUGUGGAACCUCGUUGCGCAACAUACCCUUGUGAUGGAAGCUAGUCCAAGACCGUACGAGGUCCGUCGCCUCAUCUCGAACCCCAUGUUCCACGCUUCCCAAGUGCCUCGAGUACAUACCAGCGUCAUCAGGUCCGGCCAUGUCUCGUACAUUAUGCGUCGGUUCGAGAUGAAGCCAUGGUUACGAAACAUCAGCCGGUUCAACAUUACCGAAGUCAAUAUUGUCCCCAUGAUGGUUAUCACUCUGUUGGCAUCUCGCCUUCUAUCGUCGGAAGAGUACUCGUUGAAGUCUCUUCGUUACGCUUGGGCCGGGUCGGCACCACUUGACAAGGACACGCAAGCUCGUUUCAAGAAGCAUUUGCGGCCCGACACGCCGUUCAACCAGGCCUGGGGCAUGAGCGAGACCACUUGCAUUGCUACAUGGUUCAAUUACCCAGAGCAAGACUUGACAGGCAGCGUUGGGAGACUGUUAGCCAAUUGUGACGCGAAGAUCGUGGACGAUUUUGGCAACGAUAUCAGUGGCGACAAGGACAAAACAGGCGCCGAUGUAAGAGGCGAGCUAUGCGUACGAGGGCCCAUCAUAGUACCAGGAUACCACCGUAACCCGGACGCGAACCACCGAGACUGGGACAGCGACGGAUAUUUCCACACCGGUGACAUUGCUUUUUGUGAUUCCAACACGAAAAAAUGGUACAUUGUUGGUAGGAAAAAGGAAUUGAUCAAAGUCCGCGGCUUCCAAGUCGCCCCGACCGAACUCGAAAGUGUCCUCCGUCUGCACCCAAAGAUUGCCGACUGCGCCGUCUUUGGUGUCCAACGCUCCACCCAGGAAUCCGAGUUGCCCGCGGCGUGCAUCGUCUUGCAGGACCGAUGCCAGAUGGCGGAAGACGAAGUGCACGAGUACACCCGGGCGAGGUUGGCGGGCUACAAGCAGCUUCGCGGUGGGGUCAGGUUCAUUUCGGCCCUGCCCAGGAACGCCAACGGGAAGGUGAUGAAGAACGAUCUCAAGAAGAUGUUGAUGUCGGUACCGGGAACCGAAUCCAAGUUGUAG